AUGGGAAGCAAGAGUGAAAGGAUAGGAAGCAGGAAAGAUGGGAUGCAGGCAGUAUUGGAUAGGAAGCAGGAAGUAAAGGAUAGGAAGCAGGAAGUAAAGGAUAGGAAGCAGAAAGAAAAGGAUAGGAAGCAGGAAGUAAAGGAUAGGAAACAGGAAGUAAAGGAUAGGAAGCAGGAAGAAAAGGAUAGGAAGCAGGAAGUAAAGGAUAGGAAGCAGGAAGUAAAGGAUAGGAAGCAGGCAGUAUUGGAUAGGAAACAGGAAGAAAAGUAUAGGAAGCAGGAAGUAAAGGAUAGGAAGCAGGAAGAAAAGGAUAGGAAGCAGGAAGUAAAGGAUAGGAAGCAGGAAGAAAAGGAUAGGAAGCAGGAAGUAAAGGAUAGGAAGCAGGCAGUAUUGGAUAGGAAGCAGGAAGAAAAGGAUAGGAAGCAGGAAGUAAAGGAUAGGAAGCAGGAAAAAAAGGAUAGGAAGCAGGAAGUAAAGGAUAGGAAGCAGAAAGUAAAGGAUAGGAAGCAACAAAGAAAGAUGGAACAGAAAGAGGAGGAGGACCAGGAUGCAGCCUGUUUAAGAAUGUCAUGA